AUGGACCCGUUCCUGGUGCUGCUGCACUCGGUGUCGGCCGGCCUGUCGAAGGCAGAGCUGGACCAGCUCAAGUUCCUGUGCGGCGGGCGGGUGGGCAAGAGGAAGCUGGAGCGCGUGGACAGCGGCCUGGACCUCUUCACCGUGCUCAUCGAGCAGGGCGACCUGGGCCGCGACCGCCCCGAGCUGCUGCGCGAGCUGCUCGCCUCCCUGCGGCGCCAGGACCUGCUGCGGCGCCUGGACGACUUCGACACGAGCGCCGGGGCCGCGGCCGCCGAGGAAGAUCUGCGGCCCGCAUUUGACAUCAUCUGUGACAACGUGGGAAAGGACUGGAAGAGACUGGCUCGUCAACUCAGGAUCUCAGACGCCAAGAUUGACGCCAUCGAAGAGCGGUACCCCCGCAACCUGACGGAGCAGGUCAGGGAGUCCCUGAGGACCUGGAAGACCGCUCAGCGGGAGAACGCGACGGUGGCCCAGCUGGUGGCGUCCCUCAGGGCCUGCAGGCUGAACCUGGUGGCCGACCUCGUGGAGGAGGAGCAGGAGAGGCACCUGCAGAACGGGGUUGGACCCACGUCACUGAGGUCCUGGGAGUCAGAGAGCUCUGCCUCAGGGGUGCCCUGA